CGCGCACCGUUUGGACGACUCGACUAUAUGAAUAUGUGUUAUAUGUUCUGUUAAACCGCGUGUGUUAUUGUCAUCCAACACAGUGGCUUAUUCGUGAUCAGUUUACUUAGGAAUAUCACAGUUUUGUAUGGCGUAAACUACAUUUUACGUUGUUUGCAAUUGCAGAAGGAUUCAAUUUGUUGAUGUAGAGAAUUUCUUAUCUGAGUUUUGUGAUUUUUGCACGAUUGUUUAUCUGUAUUACCUAUUGUAACGAAUAGGUAUUUUGUAUACAGUGCGUGGAUCGUUUUGACUAUUAUAACGACAAUAUCGUAUUAUCCAUUGUCAGAGGGUUUUCUAGAGAAAGUGAUGAAUGGCGAAGAAAUUGAAUUCGAGCCUAUUUUACAAGUGCUCGCGUUAAAAAAGAUCACGAACUUCGCAUAUUUAGCAGAAGACAAAGAUAGAUUCAGAUUAAAACUCUCUGAUGGACGAACUUACAACUCGUUUGUAAUGUUAGGCACACCCUUAAAUUUCUUAGUGCAUUCAAAUUUUCUAACUGAAUACAGCAUUCUGAAGAUUAAAAAUUAUGUGAUCACGCACAUAAAAGUCAAUGGUCAAACGAAGUCAGUAAUGGUUAUAUUAAAUUCAGAUGUAUUAGCACCAGGACACGAAGUGAAAAAAGUUUUAGGCAGCGUCGAUGUCGCCUUUAUUGAUAAGAACAAUUUCAAUUUUUCGAUAUCAAUGAUUAAUUUAUAGAUUUUUUUUUCGUAUUUUAAUUUUAAAAGCGCAUUGUAAUUUAAUUGCAAGUAUUAAUAUACGGUAUAUAGUUUGAAUGCAAAGUGAUAACAUGCGAAAAAGAUUAUGUAUGUACAUAAAGUGUAUUCUGGCGCAUAAACCGUAACGAUAUGCAUUCACGAAAAAUAAUUAUUUUCCUGAUACCGCUGUUUUUUAUACUUUUGUAAUUUAAAGAAUAAAAAAUUAUUAAAAAUA